AUGGCCGGCUACUACUGUCAGCCGCCUGAGGCGGUUGACGAAGAAUACAUCGAGUACGCGGAGCAGCAACCACCAGUCUCGACGAAUCCACCGCAUUGGCACCCUCAGCAACUUCCGCAGCCGCCUCAACAAAGUGCCGCGGAACAACUCAUGCUACCGCUGGUAUUACCGGCGCCAAUGCAUCAUCCCCCUCCACAGACAUUCUAUCCGCCUCCACAAUUUCAACAGCCAUACGGGUACGCUCCUCCUCAGAUACACCCAUGGACGACACCAAUCGUGCCGUCCAACGACCCUCACCGCCCACAAGACAUCGUAUCCUCUCCACCCUACACCGAAUCAAUGGCUUGGUCCCCCGAGCUUCCAGUCGCAGGGCCAUCGUCAAGCACAUCGCUCUACUACCUCUCGCCCAACCUCGCAGAAGGCACGCGAUCGUCACGCGCAGCAUCCCUCACCUCAAACACCAGCUCCGUCUCCCCCUCCGAUGUAUCAGAAACCAACGCAUCGCCCAAAGCAAGCGAAAUGGCGCGCUGGGGCCAUCUCAAUACCAACGGCACCUGGAGCUGCGCGUACCCGGGUUGCUACUCGCGCUCCACGUUCAGCAGAGGCUGCGACUUGCGCAAGCAUUACAAGCGGCACACCAAGACGCUCUUCUGCCGGCACAAGGGCUGUCCGCAGGCGACGGAAGGCGGCUUCUCGAGCAAGAAGGACCGCGCGCGGCACGAGGCGAAGCAUAAUCCUGCUAUUGUGUGCGAGUUUCCGGGCUGCGGGCGGAUGUUCUCGCGGAUGGAUAAUAUGAAAGAUCAUGUGCGUCGCGUGCACAAGACGAAGACUUGA